UUACCGAUCAGUCACUUAGGACGGCAGCUUCAAACUACGACCCUACUAUGUCUGUACACACCCUGGUCCCUUCAAUGUUUGAGAAACCGCAGGAUGUCCUGUCAAUGAGCAACUCGGCUUCAAUCCUUGAUGACGACUCCGCGACCACGAGAACAGCAAUGAAGAUCAAAAAAAUCUUUGGUGAUGAUGCUCCUGAACAUAUCAUCAGCACCAAACCCUGGUAUCUACGCCCCAACUACAUGAAGAAUGACAUGGUCAUCGAUGUGGAUGCUUGA